GUCUGCACUGUGUGAGCAGGUGAUUUUGGUAUCAGUUGCCAGAAGAUGUUAAACUCAUCAGUAAACAUCACAGGCUGCGAGCCUCAGAAAAUCAAUCCUUUUAUUCCUAUAUUCUUAAGUUUUGUGUUCUUCGUUGGAUUCAUAUUAAACUGUAUCAGUUUGUGGAUCUUUUGGUUCCGGAUCAGACAAUGGAAUUCAACCGUGAUCUUACAGUUCAACUUGGCCAUCGCCGAUGCUAUCAUCACACCCGCGGCUCCCCUGAUCAUUGCAUAUUCCUUGACCGAUGACUGGAUCUUCGGUACUUUCCUUUGUCAACUCAAAGUCUUCUUGCUGAGCGCUCACAUGUACGGGAGCAUCUACUUUCUCACCUUGAUCAGUCUGCACAGAUACUUCACUGUGGCUCACAAUAUAAAAGGAUCAAUUUUGACUAAAAAAUCAUUCAUCACCAAACUUUGCCUCAUUGUCUGGGGAUGUCUUUGUUUCCAAGGAUUUCCAUUUUUCUUCACCAUGAGAACCUCAGAUAUUCACGGAGCCACAAAAUGCCUCAGUUUCCAUCAAUCAGAUCUGGUGGUUUUGUUCUUUGUGUGGAACUGGGUGAUUAUCUUCUCUGGCCUCCUUGUACCAUUCACCAUAACAAUUAUUUGUUACAGUCUCUUAAGUAGAUAUAUUCUCAAAGUGAAUCCCAUGAACUCUACCAGUCAAAUUAUGCUGAAUAAAUCAGUACGGACCAUAACAGUGUCUUUAGUAAUAUUUAUUGUCUGCUAUGUGCCAGUUCAUAUCACUAGAACAUUAGGUGUCACCAUCGCCUUGUUCUUUCCUUCUUAUUGUACUUUGCUUGAGAACGUUGAGGUUGCCUAUUACAUUACCUGGAUGUUAUCAGGAACAAAUUGCUGUAUGGAUCCAAUACUUUACUGUUUUGCUUCUGAAAAUUUUAAAAACACCUUCAUGAGGGGCUUCACCUUGCUGCAGAGGUUCAGAAGAAGUUUGAGGGUCACAGCAGCCAACGAUCAAUCUUUACAAGGAGACUCAGCUUCACACGAACGUCCAAGUGGACUUCAUCUUACUGUUAGCACCGUAAACACAGACUUGACUCAGGAAAGUGCGAGUAAUAGCAAUGCGUGAGGCAUUUAAUGGAAAGGAAAUUACUGGCUAUUUGUUGGUGUACCAAACCUGGUAUUCUCGGCUAAUUUAUGAUGCAUCACCCACAAUGAAUGGGUCUUCAAAAACUUUAUCGAGAAGAAUUUAACAUGCAUUCACUUGACCCGCUUGCAUCCACAUUGUCCCAUUUAAGGAAAAUUGUGCCAUGCUUUUAAAGACUUUAGGUGGGUGAUAGCUAACAUUGCACCCUAGAUAAUUGUAAACUACAUUUCCCACAAUGCAAAGUCUGCCUUAACUUGUAAAUAAGCACUUGAGUUAUUUUCUAAGUAUAAUUAUUGUGUAUAAU